CGGAUUCUUUUGUUGGCCCUGUCUGAACUUGGGAUCCUCACGACUUCCAGUUCCAAAAGGGGGCUCUGACAGCCCUGAUACUGCCCACAAUGACCUACACUCUCUUCUACGCUCUCUUAUUCUCAGUCAUCAUCUGCGGAACGGGACUCUAUCUCACUCGAUCCCGAUGGAUCCCAUUGCUACCGGUACCGGACUACAUCUAUCAUCGACUCCCGUCCAGCUUCACGGCCGAUCUGGAAGCUGGCCUGAGCUCAUCGCAGUUCGAUAUUGCCGCGAACGUCGCGGACGGUGAUACCAGAGGCGGCCUCGACCAGCGAGCCAAGCAGGAAGUACACAGAAUUAUGAAGAAUCGAAGGGUCAAUUUCGAUGAAGCCAGACGGAUUUAUACCGAACAACGAUUCGCAAAGAAUAAUAUCGGCCCAGACGGUCGACCUCGAGACCCCAAGUUUGUUUCGUUUUCAUGAGCGUCCAUUUGCCACUUUUUGCCGGUCCUUUCUAUUUGCUUUUUGACUACAAUCUUUCCCGGU